AUGUCGGGGUUGCUUGGCACGGUGGUUGAUGCAGCAAUAGGAUGGCUGGUGCAAAGCAUCCUUGACAGUUUCUUUACUGAACGUAUGGAAGCAUGGACUCGUGAAAUCGGGCUUGCUGAAGAUGUGGAGAAGCUCAAGUUUCAGAUGAGGUAUGUGCAGAUGGUUCUUGCUGCUGCCAAGGGAAGGAGUAUUGACAAUAUGCCUCUGGCCCAGUCACUGGAUGAUCUCAGAGGGCUGAUUUAUGACUCAGAGGACGUGAUGGACGAGCUUGACUACUACCGACUCGAGCAACAGAUCAUAGAAGGGAAAGGUUGUAGUGCUCCUACUGGUACUAAUCUUGAAGGAAGCUAUGUGUCUUCAUCCACUCUAUCCUCUGUGGUUAAAUUAGUAUGCAGUGCCACAAGCCAAAUAACUGACUGGAUCUCACAUGGCAGAAAAAGGAAACGUGAAGAAGAGGGGCUUGCUCAUUGUAACAUGCUGCCUCUUGAGAUUAAAGAUAGCAUUUCUAAGAGGAUCAAUGUAAUAGUGAAUCUUCUAUGCAGUAAUGGAAAUUCUGUAAAGGGGGUUCUUCAGCUUGAGAACUUGCGCACCAUGGCAACAUCAAGUAAGAGUCAGAAUAUUGCCAGGGAUCAUUACAUGACAACUUCUGUUCCGAUUGAGUCUAAGGUGUACGGAAGAGAUGCAGAGAGAGACAAGAUAAUAGAUAUGUUGAUAAAGGGGGGAUCUAGUGAUCUGAAUGUUCUGCCAGUGGUUGGCAGUGGUGGUAUUGGGAAGACGACACUUGUUAGAUAUGUAUACCAUGCUAAAAGAAUUAAAGAUCAUUUUGAUUUGCUAAUAUGGGUCUGUGUAUCCACUAACUUUGAUGUAGUGGGGCUAACACUUCAGAUCCUAGAUCAUGUAUGUGAAGAUAGACCAUAUGAAAAAAAAAGCAGUUUGAAUAAAUUGCAGGAGAUACUUCAAGAAAAUAUUAGAAACAAAAGAUUUCUGCUUGUAAUGGAUGAUAUGUGGGAAGAGAAGGACAGGAGUGGAUGGAUUAAACUCUUGGCUCCAUUGAAAAGUAAUAAAGUAAAAGGUUGCAUGGUACUAGCAACAACCAGAACAAAAUCAGUGGCAAAAAUGAUAGGAACUAUGGAUGAAAUCACAUUGAGUGGUCUGGAUGAGAAGGAGUUUUGGCUGUUUUUCAAGGCAUGUGCAUUUCGCAAUGACAACCGCGAGCACCAUCCUAGUUUGCAAUCUAUUGGGAAACAAAUUGCUAAAGCACUAAAAGGCUUCCCACUAGCUGCACAAAGUGUUGGUGCACUUCUGAGCACAGAUGUUAGCUAUGAGCAUUGGACGACAGUUCGGGACAAAUGGAAAUCUCUUCAAGGAUAUGAUGAUGAUAUUUUACCCAUCUUGAAGCUCAGUUAUGAUUAUCUACCAGUCUACCUUCAGCGGUGUUUCUCAUACUGCUCUUUGUAUCCAGAGGACUACGGAUUUGAUGGGAAAGAAUUGGUCCAUGCCUGGAUAUCACAGAAUUUUGUGCAAUGCAAAGAUCCUACCAUAAGAUUGGAGGAAACAGGGCAUGAAUAUUUGGAAAAAUUAGUGGAUUUGGGCUUCUUCCAAAAGGAUGGCUCACACUAUGUUAUGCAUGACCUAAUGCAUGUAUUGGCAGGGAUGGUUUCAUCAAAUGAGUGUGCUACUAUAGAUGGAUUGAAAUCCGGGGCAAUUCGAGCAAGUGUUCGGCAUUUGUCGAUCAUAAUUACUGAUUAUGAUAAAGAUGAACAUGUCAGCAAUUCUAGUGAGAAGUUUGACAAAAUACUUCAGAAGGUGUCUUGGCAGAAAUUGAGGACAUUGAUGGUGUUUGGGCGAAGGACCAUACAUUUAUUAGGUUCAUUACAUACUUUAUGCAAGGAGGCAAAAUGUUUACGGUUACUAAGAAUUCAUGUGCCAGGUGGCGACAUCAGUUAUAUAAACAGUUUAUUGAAUCCAUGCCAUCUUCGCUAUAUAAUGGCAUAUGGAGUCUACCAAAAACCUGCGUUUUGUCAAGUUCUGACAAGGUGCUAUCACCUUCAAGUAUUGAAUGUGGGCAUUUUUACAGGCGAUCGUGAUGUACCUACUGAUAUGAAUAAUCUUGUUAAUCUGCGCCAUCUUAUUGCUCAUGAUAAAGUGCACCAUGCGAUAUAUUGCGUCGGCAAAAUGACCUCUCUUCAGGAACUAAAAUUCAAGGUUCAAAAUGUUGGCAGUUUUGAGAUAGGACAACUUCAGUCCAUGAAUGAGCUUGUAUCACUUGGAGCUUCUCAACUUGAAAAUGUGAAGACUAAAGAAGAGGCGAGGGUGGCCAUGCUGACACACAAAGAGUAUCUAGAAACAUUGUCCUUGUCAUGGGAGAAUAGUAGCAUGAGCCUUCAACCUGAGGCUGCAAAGGAUGUGCUUGAUGGUCUUCAACCACAUCAGAACCUCAAAACUCUAGAAAUAACUGGAUAUGGUGGUGCUACCUCCCCAACCUGGCUUUCUAGUGCGUUUUCAGUUACCUCACUGCAGAUACUACAUCUAGAGGAGUGCAAGGAAUGGCAAAUUCUACCAACUCAUGGAAUGCAUUCCCUUAGGAAGCUGACAUUGAUCAGGAUGUUGAAUUUAAUGGAACUCUCAGUUCCUUCCUUGGUAGAGUUGAUCUUGAUUGGCAUGCCAAAAUUAGAAAAAUGUACCGGUUCUUAUGGAAUGGAAUUGACUUCCCAUUUAAGGGUUUUGACGAUCAAGAACUGCCCUCAACUGAAUGAGCUCACUCUUUUCCAGAGUUACUCUUCUUUCGACGCUGAGCAGAAAUCAUGGUUUCCGUCUCUCAGCAAACUCUCCAUCGGGCAGUGUCCUUGUAUAUUGAACAACUGGCAAAUCCUCCCACUAAGUGAAAUGAGGGCGCUCAGUGAGUUGGAGCUGAUGGACCUGCAUGUUGGCAGAGUUUCAGUUCCUUCUCUGGAGAAGUUGGUGUUGACUAAAAUGCCAAACCUGGAAUUUUGCAGCAGUCUAAUGACCCAAGGAGAUCAAAUGGGAUGGCCAUCUAGUCUGCGUAGAAUUACCAUCCAUGAUUGCCCUUGUUUGAUAGUGCCACACCCUCUUCCGCCUUCUGCUUUGAUUUCCGAGAUGUCCAUCAGGGGAGUUCCGGGACUUGCACAAAUGAGUAUAAACCAUAGAUGGUUCACUAUUGAAUCUAAUGAGUUGAGUGUGCUAGAUGACAGUAUCCUGGCAUUCAGUAACCUUGGGGGCAUAAGAUUGUUUCAAAUAAGAAGGUGUCCAAAUCUGAUCUCUCUUUCAAGUGAAUCUUUCAGCCAGCUCAUCGCUUUAGAGACUUUAUGUAUACACGACUGCCCUAAUCUGACUAUGUCAAACAUUAUGCCAGAGAUUGUCCAGGAAAACAGCACGUCUGCAAGCAGCCUUGUCCUCCCAUCUCUCAAAUCUGUCAACAUUAGCAGAUGUGGCGUAACUGGGAGGUGGCUAUCUCAACUGCUUUCACAUUCACAGUCCCUUGAGAAGUUGCUAUUAGGGGGCUGUCCUCAGAUAAAGUUUUUAUCAAUCAGUCAACCUACAGAAACGGAAGGAACCAGCAGUUUGGCUUCUGCAGUGAUGACCUCAGCCCAAGAUGAACAUGAAUUGAAACUGCCAUAUAAUCUCCUAUGUUCUCUCAAGGUGCUAUGGAUUCAGCAAAGCCUGGAUCUGAAGUUCUUUGGGGGUAAUAGACACUCUACAAGAUUCACCUCUCUUACUGAGCUAGUCCUUGCUUGUUGCCCUAAGUUUGUCUCAUCGUUGGUGGGUGAAACGAAAGAUGACGGUACCAUUGAUGUUGAAUUACUCCCACCAUCACUUGAAAACCUUUUUAUCGGUUCUUUCCCAGAAAACCUGCAGUCCUUUGCUCCUCAAGGCCUUCUCUACCUAAAAAAGUUAAGUCUAUUUGGUGGCCCGUGUUUGAAGUCUGUACAACUGCAUUCCUGUACGGCUUUACAGGAGCUGCGAAUCGGGGGGUGUGUCCAGCUGGCUGUACUGGAGGGCUUGCAGUUCCUCACCUCCCUCCGAAGCUUGUAUAUUGAGAUGAGACCGGAGCUGUCUUCUGCAUGGGAUCUCAAACUGCAGGAGCAAGAACAGGGUGGGAAUCAAAUUCAGCUAUUUCCUCUGUCACUUGAUAAACUUGAGAUCACAGCUGUCACGGACAGGGUCCAAUCCCGUCUUCUGUCCUGCCUUCCCGCCAUGACCAAAUUAGCAGUACAGAGAAGUCCAGAACUGACGUCUCUACAGUUGGCAUGCUGCACUGCACUGAAAGAGUUGGAAAUUGGAGACUGCGACUUGCUUGCGUCGAUCGAGGGCCUCCAGUUCUGUAGAAACCUGACAUCCUUGAAAGUAUUUAACUCCCCCGGCCUAUCUUCCUGUUUGGAGCUUGUGUCGCACCAGCAAGGGGCCUCUGGGAUCUGCUCUGGACUGAAAACUCUUGAGAUUAGUGAUGCGUCUGUCCUUUCCACGCCCUUCUGCAAGCAGCUCACAUCUCUAACACGCCUAGAGUUCAGUCCUCGGGGUGGUAAACAGAGAGAGAGCUUGGUGAGCCUAACAGGGGAACAAGAGAGAGCGUUACAGCUUCUAACCUCCCUCCAAGAACUUGAAUUCUCUUUUUACACGCAUCUCUUGUCACUUCCUGCAAACCUUCAUAGCCUGACCUCCCUUGAGAGGUUAUCUAUCUUUCAUUGUCAGUGCAUCACAAGGCUGCCAGACAUGGGCCUCCCAACUUCGCUCAGGCACCUUCAGUUAUCCUAUUGUAGUGACGAGCUAAGCAUGCAAUGCAGAAUGGCAGCAACGGAGAAGCUACGGGUCAGGAUUGAUAAUCAGUAUGUGAAUUAA